UGGAGAGUGAAGUCGCCAUGCUAACAACACCAAGAAGAAGCGCCAACUAUCCUCUAUGUUUUUAUAGCCAUCAGCCUUUUGUUUUGUUUUUUACACCUAACGGCCCUCAUUUCUACAUGAACUUUUUUUCUGAGAAAGUAACUGAGGUGUGUUCGAGUCAGAUCCAGACACUGCUUCAUGUCUGAGUUCUGCGCUAGAAUUCCGGACGUCUCAGAAUGGAAGCAGAAGAUGUCAAGCACAGCUGUUUUCAAAACACGACUUUUGAAGAAUUGAAAACUUGUAUAUCUUCAUCUGGGGAGACAUUAAACUCGGGGGGACGUGCCACAAUCGUUGCCCAACAGAAGGUGUUAAAGAAGGAGGAAGAUGAAGAGGAAGACUACCUCUAUGGAGAAGCAUCAGAGACAAAUAUCACCCCUGUUGACCAAUCAGAUGAAGAAUGCAUAAAGACUGUAAAAGAAGAGAAAGAACCUGAAGAUGAUGAUGACCUCUGUGGAGGAACAACAGUGAGGCGGGUCAUCAUCGUGGACGAAGACAAUGAAGUAUUUGAGAAGAAGCCUAUAAAAGAGGAGGAACCUGAAGAUGACGACUAUCUCUACUGUGAGGAUUGCAGCUCAUUCUUUAUCAGUGAGUGUGCAGUUCAUGGCCCAGCUGUCUUCAUCCACAAUACUAUUGUUCCCACGGGGGUCGUCGACCGAGCCAGACAAACCCUUCCGCUCGGUCUGGAGAUUCUGAUGGCUGGUGUUUCUGACGCAGACUUGGGUGUGUUUAAUAAAGGAGACACAAUUCCAGUUGGUGUGCACUUUGGGCCCUACCAGGGAGAUCUCGUGGACAGAGAUGAAGCGAUGAAUAGUGUCUACUCAUGGGUGAUAUACAGGAGCAUGCAGUGUGAGGAAUACAUAGAUGCCAAGAGAGAGACACAUGCGAACUGGAUGAGGUAUGUGAAUUGCGCUCGUAACAGCGAGGAGAAGAAUCUCCUGGCAUUCCAGUAUCGAGGAGAGAUCCUCUAUCGUUGUUGUCAACCAAUAAAACCAGGGCAGGAGCUCUUGGUGUGGUACGACGAGGAGUACGCCAAACAUAUCGGCAUUACAUUCGACCACCUUUGGAGCAAAAAGUCAACAAAUGGUAAUGAAACGAAAAGUUUGCUUAUGCAAGUCUUUUCCUGUUCGUCAUGCUCGCUUUCUUACACGUCUCAAAUUUACCUUCACAAACACAUCAAAAGAUGCCAUUACGAAGAAUACGUGAGGCUCCUGAAAUGCGGAGAGAUUAAACUUCACAACCCGACGUCUCCAGACACCUCCGGCGGUCACCAAACCUCCUCUGGUUCCAGUGCUAGAAAACUGCAGAAAGAAAUGCAUCACUGCUCGGAGUGUGGGAAGAGUUUUACUCAGCCGAGUUACCUCCUACAGCACCAGCACAUCCACACCAGGGAGCGUCCGUAUCACUGCUCAGAGUGCGGCAAGAGUUUUACCCGGCCUGUAAAUCUGCAAAUACAUCAGCGCAUCCACACUGGAGAGAAACUAUACCACUGCUCACAGUGUGGAAAAGAUUUUACUCGACAGAAUCACUUCCAGCUGCACCAGCACAUGCACACGGGGGAGAAGCCGUAUCAGUGCUCAGAGUGCGGCAAGAGUUUUACUCGACCAGGCAACCUCCAGCUGCACAAGCGCAUUCACACGGGGGAGAAGCCCUACCACUGCAUACAGUGUGGACGCAAUUUUACCCAGCAGACCAGUUUCCAGCUGCACCAGCGCAUUCACACGGGGGAGAAACCAUUUUAUUGCUCGCAGUGUGAGAAGAGCUUUACCCGGCUCAGUACGCUCCAAAGACACCAGCUCGUCCACACGGGAGAGAAACCGUAUCAGUGCUCAGAGUGCGGGAAGAGUUUCACCCAACAAAUCAACCUUCAGCUUCACCAGCGUCUUCAUACGGGAGAAAAGCCCUGCCACUGCACACAGUGUGGGAAGAGUUUUACCCGGCUGAGUACCCUCCAACGACACCAGCGUGUGCACACGGGAGAGAAGCUCUAUCACUGCUCGGAGUGCGGGAAGUGCUUUACGCAGCAGGUCAACCUCCGGUUACACCAACGCGUCCACACGGGAGAGAAACCGUUUCAGUGUUCAGAGUGCGAGAAGUGUUUUACUCACCUGAGCACUCUCCAGAGACACCAGCGCAUUCACACCGGAGAGAAGCCGUAUCAAUGCUUGCAGUGCGGGAAGAGAUUCACUCACCUGAGCACUCUCCAGAGACACCAGCUCAUCCACACUGGAGAAAAACCCUAUCAGUGUAUACGCUGUGGAAAGAGUUUUACUCAACUGAGUACUUUACAAAAACACCAGCACAUUCACACAAAGGACAAACAAUACCACAGGCCGUAGUGGGAGAUCCUACAAACAAUACCACAGGCCGAAGUGGGAGAACCUACAAACAAUAUCACAGGCCGGAGUGGGAGAACCUUCAAACAAUAGCACAGGCCGUAGUGGGAGAACCUUCCAAUAAUAUCACAGGCCGGAGUGGGAGAACCUUCAAACAAUAGCACAGGCCGUAGUGGGAGAACCUUCCAAUAUUAUAUCACAGGCCGGAGUGGGAGAACCUUUAAACAAUACCACAGGCCAUAGUGGGAGAACCUUCAAACAAUACCACAGGCCAUAGUGGGAGAAAAUUUUAUUUACAACUUUGUAGUAGAUGCAUUUAUUUUUUCACAGUGAAAUUCUUCUUUGCAUGUCAGGAACCUGGGGUCAGAGCUCAGAGUUGGCCUUGAUACAGCAUGCCUACAGCAGAGAGGGUUAAGGGGUUAAGCCUUGCUCAACAGUGGCAGCUUGGUGAUACUGGGGCUUGAACCCUUGACCCUCCAAUCAGUAACUGAUAGCAUUAACCAUUAAGCUACCACUUCUCCUUUACCACUAUUUGCAUCUCCGCAACACUCCAAGGGUAGUGGUAUCUAAGUGUUGGUUGAAUAUAAGGACACACAUAACCGAUUUCAAAGAACCAGCCUCACAUCGGGGCAAAAAAUAAAAAUAGUUGCGCUCGAACUAGGGUUGCAAAAUUCCGAGAAUUUUCAAGACUGAAAACUUUCCAUGGGAAUUAACUGAAAGUUUACAGAAUUGCAGGUGAGCCUGUAACAGGGAACUUAAAUAGAUUUGAAAAAAAUCUUGCAGGAUAACUUUAGUUAAACUUUCUUUCGGCUUCUCCCAUUAGGGGGCGCCACAGCAGACCAUCCGCAUGUUUGAUUUGGCACGUUUUUACGCUGGAUGCCCUUCCUAACGCAACCCUUCCCAUUUAUCCGGGCUUGGGACCGGCACUAAGGCUUGUGCAACCCUAAUGGCUGGGGUUGGUUCCCAUGUUGGUCCCAAAUUUUAGUUAAAACAACCAUAUUUAAUGCACAUUCGGUUAAAUUUCCACCUUCACAUUCACACAGCACACUGACUGCAGGGUUACUGAGGCUACGCCCCCUACAGGCACUGUGCAGUCCUCCAUAACACACAUCAUUUCUACAAUCCUGCACACAAUAUAAUGUCCAAAAAUGUCUAUUUUGGUGAGUUUUCAGUUUUUAACUUCCUUGUGCUGUGUGUAAGCUAUUGUGUAAAAAUAUUAACAAUUAAACCAAAAUAUUAAAUGUCUAAAAGUCACAAUCUUCAUUGGUUGCCUGCACGGCAGCUCAUGGCCAAACGAGAUGUUUAUAUUUAUAUGUGUAAAUGAUACAGUUUAUAUACUGUUAGAUUUUUUAGCAUGCCUGAACAAAAAAAUGAAUUCUUGGAGAGGUUUCCUAUGUGACCUGCGAUGACCAUGGUGUCUUUUCUGAUGAAACACUGCACACAGAAUGAUGUAUACCUUCAUCUUCACUUCAAUGCAGAUAACAGACAAGUAUAUAUAUACACACUGGAAAAAACCUGCGCUAAAACUGUUCCUGAUUGGGUAAGAACACAUGGUAACCAGAGACGUGUGAGUCCAGAUAAAGACAUUCAGUGUACCUUACGUAUUUGCAUUGUGAACAUCCUGUAGUCACUGAACAGACAACAUACUGUAGAAAUGUGUGUUUAGAGAACUGGUGUAAAACUGGGGAGCUUCCAACUUGGAAAAUUUCCACAAAUUCCUCGGCUGAAGUUCCAAUUGAAAUUUACCGAAUUUACUCCGAUUGAAGUUCUGCGCUUGCGUGAGAGAACAGAACUCUUCUAUACCAGCAGGUGGCAGUAUGUAUUUUGUAUCCAAACAGGGAAACCGGAAGAGCCAGAACUGUGAACAUAUAAAGCAAGCAGCAUUUCCAGCUGCGCGAACGGAUUCGUGUAGCUUUUAUCAAUCAUUGCUAAUUUGCAGACAAGAGCAAGAAUGACAAGUGUCCGUGCGUUCCCUCUUUACUCUGUCAUUGUUUGCUUUCUUCAGCCCCAUUUUGUUUCGUGUGUGCUCAUUCGAUAAACUAAAUAGCCAAUCAGAGUUCUCGAUUGUGCUGAUUCGACAUCCAGAAUCGGCCAAAAAACACCUGACGCUGGCCGACUAGAGCCGACAGAGUGGAACACCGGAAAAACUAAAACCGGCCGGUCACAUGGGUGUUCUUCAGCUUAGUGUGUCCCAGGCUUAAGGUGUUGGACCACCAAGCUGCACUGCUAGACCCUUGAGCAAGGCUGAGCAGUGACGACAGGCCACUGCUGGGUAAAGUAUAUUGCACCAACAUGGGUUCUAAGCCUAGCAUUGUCUUAGGCAAGAAGACUGAAAUACAAACAUGGCACUUUUUCCUUUACAGGCUUCAUAGUUGAUUCUCUAAGAUAAGUGACAUAAUUGAAGCCUGGGACAACAGUGUCCUACUGUUUAAACGUCAAGACAUCCCAGUUUAUAAUAACACUUUUUCCAGGAACGCUCUGCACCUGGGGGAACAGGGGUCCUUUCCCCGUACCUGGAUCACUCAAUUAGCUGAAUUUUAUUGUUGGCGAUUUUACAUGAUCCGAGUUUGUUUGGUUCUUUGAUGUGUCUCCUGGAGUUGCCGUCCCGGUGACUAUAUGCUUUAUAUGUGAUGUGAGAAGUCUGUCUCUCUCGGGAAACAGGAGUAUUCAUAAUGGAGAGUUUUCCGAAUUCAACACGCAGCAUGGGUUCGACUGGAUCCUUCAUCAAAGCAUAGUAUAUUUUUGGUAGGAUGUCGAUUUUCCCCUGAGGGAAGUUUCAGUAAUGCAAAAAAUAUUUUGUGAAAUGUUCUAUUUAUUUCUGUAAAUCCACUUUGAGAUAGUGUUCAUUGUUAUAGAAAUAAAAAUGUAAUUCAAUUGAA